GCUGUUGCAAUUAGCAUCGAGGUCUAAGGUCACCAAGGCACACACGUGAAGGCAUGAAGGGCUGCUAGAUCUCCUUUACUCUCUGUAUAUACAAAGCUUCGUAUCAUCAUCGCUGUGCGCUGUUAGAUUGGUCAGGGACCACUAACCUCUAGAAAUAUGGAGAAGGUUUCGUUUGGUGAUUUCUCAGUGCAAGAGGUCAGUAACCUUUACACCCAGGGAACUAAUCAACUAGAGUUUGUCUGGCAAAAAUCUCCUUUCUCCUUGCAAGCAAAUGAGUCUAAUCACUUGAAAUCGCCUGCCACUCUCAAUGCUACCCCUGACAAAUAUCUCCUGGGGGGCAUGUCUCCGAACAUCCCCCCAAACCCCCCCACCACCCCCGUGGAGGGGUCAGAAGAGGACAGACGUGCCAGACUCAAUAUAAACGCUCUACCAUUCGUACCUGGAAAUGUUUCCAUUAUCGUACCUCCUAAAACGAGUCCCACAUCACAAAACACUGCAUCCAGAAAACUCUACCUCGGCACUUGUGAGACUAAAACAGCUGAUCAAAAUUCAAAUACUGAAGAACAAUUUGGCAGCACGAGUGAUGAUCUACUUGCCAACAGUAUGGAUGUAGGAUCUUCUGAACCAAAAAUAAUGUCUGGUAGUAUAAACUCACUAUAUAUUUCUCAACCUCCUUCUGUUCUAUCGACUACUGGUAGCACGCCUCCUCCUACAAGCACUGUGGACCCACGAACUCCCACACUGGCAGAAAGAGAAUCUGAUCUUUUCUACACCCCCACACCCACACCUCCUCACACUACGCCCCCUCACACCACACUCCCUCGCACAAGCACAUCAGAUUUGACAGCUACUCAAUCAACGACAGGGACCACCCCCACUAGCGUUUGGGGCAAUCAGACAAAAUCUUGGGCCUCAAUAGUUGGCAAACAGCAACCCACUCCAACUCCAGCUGGCCUGUCACAGAGUUCAAAGGUCAAUACAGGCGUACCUGCUCCCGAGGUGACUGAAAAGGUCGUGAAUGAACAAUCUCAGCACAAACAACUACGAGAGUUAGCAGACCAGUUGUCUCGCUGGAGGCUGAGUCACCAGACUGUUAGUAUUGCCCCGAGGGGACUCAUCAACCAGGCCAGCUGGUGCUACAUGCACGCUCCAUUGCAAGCCUUGCUAGCGUGUCCCGGGUUCUUUAAUCUCUUCACAACACUCACCAACUCCUUCCCGGCUCUGUCACGUGACCCCUCCCCUCAUCCCAUCGCUGACACCAUGAUCCAGUUCUUGCAACAGUUCAAACCUUGCCCUCCGAAGACUACUCCUCAAGUCCCGCAACCAGACCCCAAGGCAAAAAAGAAAAAGAUUGUUCAGAAAGACUUUCCCCAUGACGACCCAUUUAGACCAGACUGUGUCUACGAUAUGCUACACAAGAUCAAAUCAAAUCUCUCCUUCAAAGGUCGUCAAGAGGAUGCGGAGGAGUUCCUAGGCUGUUUAUUGGACGGACUUCACGAGGAGUUAGUGUCAGCACUGAGAGCACGCCUCACGAGGGUGGAGCCCACACCCACUCACAGUGAAGCCGUCUCUUCCACGUCAGUGAGUGGUGCUGGUGACUCUAGUGAGGGAGUGGGCGUAGGUGUGGAGAGUGUGGAGUGGGAGCAGGUGGGGCCCAAGAACAAGUCAGCCAUCACAAGACAAACCAGUUUUUCAGAGUCCCCUAUCACAGAGAUAUUUGGAGGAGAGCUUCGUUCCUCUGUGCAUCGACAGAGAGCUAAGGAGUCUGCCACACUGCAGCCGUUCUUCUCAUUACAGCUCGACAUUCAGUCUGAAGAGGUGUGGACGGUGAAGGAUGCGCUUGAAGCUCUGUCUGCCAGAGAAACUGUACAUAUGUUAGAGUCCGAGGCCCACAAGCGACUGACGUUGGCCCGCCUCCCUCCAGUUCUCGUGCUUCAUCUCAAGAGGUUCGUGUUUGACAAAACGGGAGGAUCUCAGAAACUGUCCAAACAAGUCCUCUACUCCACUGAUAUGGAGCUCAACAAAGAUCUCCUCUCUCCCUCCAUUCGCAACAAGCUCUCUGUGUCUCAACGAUCGUAUCGCCUCUGGGCAGUGGUGUACCAUCACGGUAAGACAGCUGCAGGGGGUCACUACACAGCUGAUGUCCUCCACCCUGCCUGUGGGGGGUGGGUACGAGCCGACGACAGUAUUCUCAAAGUAGUACCCGAAGAGUUUGUUCUCAAGCCUGCUAGUUCCCAUGCCAACAAGGUCGCCUAUAUACUCUUCUAUAGGAGGCUGGACACUAUCAGAACAUAACACGUACUUAUAAUUAUUAUAUUUAGUGGAAAUUUUUAUAAAAUCAUAUAUAAUUAUAGCAAAGAAAUUGACUUGUUAUAAGCAAGAUAGAUAUAUUAAUUAAUUAUUAUUAUUAAUGUACAUUCAUGCACUGUUUCCAUAUCACGCAGUACACUCCCCCUCAAUUUUUGUUGCGAUCAAAAAAUAUUAAUUUCAUUUUUAGAAUAAUUAUAAAUUUUAUUAUUCUGAA